AUGGAACGAAUAGUUGUGUGUGCAGGAAGUGUAAAAAUUUUACUGGGAUUAUAUAUUGAAUAUAUGCACCAUGGACACUGGGAAUAUCCUAGAUACAUAUAUUCCCGAUAGUAUACAUGUGCUGGGUACAUAUACCCAGUAUAUAAUUCACCAAUUUUUUCAGUCCUUUAGGAUACAUCCAGAAUCUCCGGAAAACUUGUUCCUAGAUGAUAAUGAUUUUUCUCGAGUGAAAAGUGCAAAGUUCAAAAACUCUAGUAUGACGUGAUAACAGUGUAGAGUUCUCAACAGAUAUCAACUUGAGAGAGAAAGAAUUAUAUUACAACAUACUGGGUAUAAAUUGAAGCACAAUGGCUUUACGGAGAUCACAAUAACCCUGUCCUCGACCUCGCCCUACUAUUAGGAGGUCUCUUCAAAGUUUUAGGUCCCGGUGAGCCUGAUGAGAAAGACGUAAAUCGCGAAUUUUAUGGGUUAACAAGAAAGAAACUACCUUUGAGAGUUUCUACAAGAGAAGUUCCAUAUUCAUUUCAGAAAAAAAAUAUCCGCUGAUCAGAGUUCCUGGGAGUCGAAACGUCGGAAUAAUUUAAAUGGUGAGAUGUUUUUUUUAAUUACUAAGGGUCUUUUUUGCCAUUUUUAGGGUAUCAAUAAUUUCGGAACAGGCACGGCUGAUAAAAUUGGGGACUUAUUAAAAGAGUAAUAAAACUUUAAAACGUGGCCAAUAAUUAUCAAUUUGUCUUCGUCUGUUAUUCCAUUUCCUCUUAGAUGGAAAGCGAAUUCAAAUAGAAAUAGAGUGAAAUGGUGCUUCUUAGGACUAAUUUCAAUGGUAGAGUCCCUGAAGCCUACCCACCAAAAUCAAUCGAUAAAUCCUGAUUGUCAACCGCUCCAGUGACAUGUGGCCAAUAAUUCUGAAUUACUCCUGACACUCGAGUCCCGUUUAAUUUCGUUAGCAACGAUUCCCACACUUUAUGUUUGUCUUAACUAAGGGAAAAGUCAAUACUCAAGAGGUCCAUAUAAAGCCCCGAUGAUGCUGUAAUAGUGGAGUCAUUCACAAGAGUGCAGGACGCGAGACCGGGGCUCUCUCCUGUACCUGUGUAUGAGAAUUUAGAUUUAAAAUUUAACGAGAAAUUUGAUAUGAACUUUCAAAACGAACUGCGGCUUUUAUUCUUUUUCAUCGUGAGUGGCCAGUGGUGGAUCGAAGGAACCAGUUCAUCGCAGUGCAGUUGUUCUACUUUUGGAAAACUUUUAAAUGCCUUGCACAAGGAUGUCAAAUUCAUGUAUACGAAGAAGUAUCAGUUAAACAUUGAUUCAGCUUUUGGAUUAGCAUUAGCAGAAGCCAAUCUGGGAACGAUCUUAAAUUCCGAAAGGUGGAAAUGUUUGAAAAGCGAAGACGUCAAUCUUUUAUUAGAAAUUCGUGAAAUAGCCGAUGAAUCACGAAAAUAUGUUGAACAAAAUUUGAAAACCGAAACAGAUCUCGUAUUUUCGAAAGUCCUCACAAAAGUCAACUUAUGGAUUCGUCCAAUAUAUUGGAAACGCGAUUCUUUGCGAUCGAAGACGUCACCAACGCCAAAUUUAACCGAAUUUAUAAUUGAUAACGUGAUACAUGCGGGAGCUCCUAAUGAAAACGAGAGUGAUUAUUGCCUAUUACUCCUGAUCAAGGAAUACUUGAAUGGUAAAUCCUGUCAAUUAGCGAAUGAAUGCGCCGAGAUGAUAACAAAGGAUGAUUACUCGAGGGGAUAUGCAAUGACCCAUCGUUUGCUCAUCAUUCAAGUUGCGAAUGCUUUGAACUGUCACCAACAUUCAUGGAUGAACAUCGAUCACCUAAUUGAAAAAUUCUGCCAAAAUGUCUACCAAGAUCUGUUAGACAUUGAAGCCUCCGGUUUCCCUGGGGCCGGACUGGAUCUGGCCAUUGAACAAAUAUUUCUCUGUGGCAUGGAGGGCUACUCAGAAUUCGUCACGAGUCAUUACAAAAACCUGUUACUGGAUCUGCGAAAUCCCCUAGGAUGCUACUCAGCGAGAGGAUUUCAACGGAAAAAUUAUUAUCGCAGUAAAAGAUCAUCAAAUCCUAUGGAUUAUGGGUGUGAUAAUCACACAUCUGGAGUAGCUGCAGCAGCACUCAGCUUACUACUUCGAGAGUGCAUCGAAAAUCAUCAAUUUUAUAUUGAUGACGAAAAUGACGAUAAUCGAUUUGGGGAGUAUUCAUAAAGCUGUCAAAUCAGUUCUUCAGUUUAUCGAAGUAAGAUGUUUGUGUACCUCAUAUUUUGAUCUAGUGUUGAAGGAGUGUUAGUUUAGGAUAGGGUAAACAUCAUUUCCAAAAGCGUGUGAAUUAUAAAAAAUUCCUCUCUUUCCAAAUUAUUCGAGUUUUCGCUCAUAUCAUUAGAUUUAUUAUGCACGUAUACUUUUCGCAUCAUACAACAUCGCUACACAGUUAACAAAACAUACAUCUAUGAAUUUAUAAAUACAAAAUAAAUAAUUGAAUUAAUGGCAUAUGGAUGGACACGAGUGUGAAAUCUCAACUGUUGCUGUCAUGAGUUCAUAAAUUACUCCUUUGAAUUAUUCACGCGCGGCUGUAGUUGUAUGGUCUUCCGUAAGGGUCAAUUUUUCCUUUCAGCUUGUCGUCUUUCAGUUGUCGAUGAUAGCUAAGAACAACCACCCACAGGUACACGUAAAUUA